AUGGGCAAUUGCUGCGGAAAGGCCGACUCAGGCAAUUUCGAAGGCGAAGGUCGAACUCUUGGAGCUACACCCGCGAACGCUCCCGCCUCAUCAAACAAUGCCACCGCUGCAGCACCGCCCAAGAUCAGCGCGCCUCACGGCGGAAGAACAUUAGGGCGGAACGAGCAGGUACCAAGCGAAUCGGCAGCUCCAGGAGCGGCGGCGGCGCGUGCAGCAGAGGUACGUCUCAGGGAGAUACAAGAGCAGGAGCUCCAAAGGCAGACAAGCGACCACACCAGUGCGAAGCCUCUUGAAUGCAAGACCCUUGAGGCAAUCGCACGAAAAUACGCGGAGGUCACAUCGUAUCCAGUGGUAGAAGUGCUGACUAUCGGGCCUAGGAGCGACAGAAAGCCACACAGGGCAAGGGCAAGCUCGGGAAACAAUUAGACGCACAGAAGGCGCAAACACACACCGGAACAUUACAGCAAAUCGCUCAAGAUAACGUUGCUGCCCGAGACGCAGACGCUGCAGCGCAAGCCCGGAAUUACAAUUGA